AUGAUCUGGUACCUGCUCUAUCCGCUGCGAGGAACAACAGAGGCACCCGUCCUCUCGGCAUCUCACCCGCUCCGCAGCGCCCUCACCCGCUUCGGCCGCUAUGCCUCCCGCCAUGCCAUCUCGACGCUCCUCCUCUCCGUCGGCAUCGCCUCCCUCCUCAUCUACCCGCUGCCCUUCAUCUACAGUGAUUAUGCCAUCAACGGAGCCUCGAACGUCCCCCGCCAUGUCUGGACCGCCGCCCAGCCGCUCCCGUACGACAGCGCCGCCAGUCCCGACAUCGUCAUGCGCUCCAUCUGGGUGCACUCGAGCUACAUGCAGGCCUUGAGCCCCGACGUCCUCCUGUCCGCCCUCGACCUGCAGGACGAGCUGCUCGGCGACACCCGCGACUUUGGCCCCAGCGCAUCCUUUGGCCAGCUGCCCCCCGCCGGCUCCGGCUCCGAUGCCGACGCCGCCCUGACCCCGGCUCAGCGCGACGCCCUGCACAUCGUCAACGGCCUGACCAACCAGUCGUGGAUAUUCCAGUCGCCGCUGCUGUACUGGAACUGCUCCCGCGACCGCAUCCUGGCCGACGACGACGUCCUGGCCACGGUCAACGCCAACAAGAACCAGUCCACGCCCGCCAACAUCACCCUGCGCCACUCCAUCGUCUUCAGCGGCAAGCGCUUCGAGGACCGCCGCUUGCUGGCCGCCGAUGCCCUCGUCAUCACCCUGCUGUACCGCCGCGACUCCCCCGUGGGCCGCCGGUGGGAGGCUGUUGCGCCGUCCUUGCCCGCCAAGGUGGGCGACGAGUGGGAUAUCUAUCCCCCGAGCGGCAACGUCUCGGCCAGCCAGCUCUACGAGUUCCAUUUCCGGCCCAUGUCGGUGCAGGAUUCCGUCGUCCUCGCCCUGGCCUAUACCCUGGCCCUGGUGUACUUCCUCCAGCAGGUGUCCAAGCUCCGCGCCGUCAAGUCCAAGUUCGGCCUCAUCGUCACCGUCGUCACCCAGAUCAUCAUGUCGAUUGCGGCCAGCUUCACCAUCUGCGCCGUCUUCAACAUCGACCUGUCUCGCAUUCCGCGGGCCGCAUACCCGCUUGUCAUACUCUCCAUGAGCUUGGAGCAUGUUCUCCGGCUGAUGGACGCCGUGGUCCGCACGCCCUCGGGAGAGACCCCGAGUACCAGGAUCGGCGCCGCCUUUGGAGAGACAGCGCCCACAGCCCUGGUCAGCACCGUCCAGAACGUCGUGAUUCUCCUUGGCCUGUCCUAUGCCGUCUCUGCGGGUGUGUCCGCGUUCUGCAUCUUCGCCGCAAUCGCCAUUGUGCUCGAUUUUUGCUUCUUGUCCAGCUUCUUCAUCUCCGUCCUGAGCGUCGAUGUGCGGCGGAUGGAGCUUGGGGACGCUCUCGCCAGAGAGGCCCUGCGCCGCAAGCGAAAAGCGCGCCGUCCUCGCGAGAACCCCUCGUGGCUAAAGCGUUUGCUCGAAGGCAAAAUUGCACUGUCCACCCGGAUCGCAGGCUCAACCGUAAUGAUAGGCUUCGUCAUCAUCGCGCAGUCUCACUUCUUCGGCGGCGGCGCCAUUUCUCAGAAGCUCACUCAUCUGUACGGCGGCCAAGACAUGGCGCCCAACGUGUCAUCCCCCGAGGCAUCGCUUCUGGAGGACAUUCAUCAAGCAAGAACUCCCACGUCUUGGCUGCGGCUGCAGGACCAUGAUGCCGCUCGUGAAAUCAUCCGCCUCAUCAAGCCUUCGGCCUAUAGCUACAUAGCUAGAGUCUAUGAGCCUUUGGUGUUCGUAAAGAAGGGCUCCAACCGCAUGCCGGUGAUGAGAGAGCCCGCUCUGUUGCCCGCGGCCUAUGAUUUCGUGCAUCACCGGCUCGGUAGCUUCCUCCUCGCCGACAUCGUUGUGGUUGCCUUGCUUCGUCUGCUAAUGAGCUUCCUGCUGACAGAGGACGAGGCCAGGGUGGAGGAGCUGCACGACUCGAGUGACCAGUCCAGCCUGUCUGUGAAAACGCUCUCCGGAGGACACACUCUCGACAUAGCCAUGCUCGCCUCCUCGCCCAGAGGCUACGCUGUAUCGGUCGGGCUCGAUCGUGUGAUUUGGCUGUGGGAUCUCAACCAUAGGAAGAAAAGCACUACAAUCCCCACCUCAGAGAGGGGAGCCAUGAUCAAGUUCCCUGUCCUUGCAGUGGCCAUGGACGAAGAUUCGGACUGGCUGGCCAUCCUGUCAUCCGACACGGUCGUCUUCUGGAACAUGGUCACCCAUCUCCAGGGCUCGGCCGUGGCUGUAGAAACCCAUAACCAGAAGCCGGAGGCCUUCUUUCUGGAGCCGAGCGCAAUCGCAUCGUCAGAUAUUCCAAGGGCGGUCAUCGUAUGGAAGAAUGGAACGGCAUUGGAUGUAGAGCCGACGACGGGAGAAAGCCGCGAGUCCACUAUCUGUUCAGGAUUGACGUGUGCCCGCCCGCUCUUGAGUAAAGGGAUACCUGUCCCUCUCUCUACAGUUGGCAAGCAUUCGAGGCCGAACAUCUCCCUUGUAGCAACAUCUCGAAAUGGAGACGUGCACAUCAUGGCAAGGCACGGGCUGCUAUGGGAAGAGCAAAAGCUUCUUGCAGGACGGCUCGCACGCGAUGAAGUUCACCAAGUGGUGCCCCUCUCGCCUCUCCCCUAUUUCCUUGCAUCGUCCAGAACGGAAAUUCUUCUCAUUAGCCUAGACGAUGGCACAACCUCGUGGAGCUUCCCUGUAGAGGAGAUGCGGCCGCGGUCGCUCGCGUGCGCCUUCACCCGCUACCGAUCAUCCAACGACUUGCCAAUAGGGCUAGUCUCCUUCACUUUUAGCUACCUGGCACUGGACUCGGGCGAUUGCAUUCUGCACACGUUUACGCCUCCAGAAGACGACGACGCGAUUUGUCUACAGAGUGUCGACGACGACAGUCUGGUCAGUGGAUGGUGCAGUUGGGAAGACGCCAGGGAAAGGAAGAAGCACAUAAGCAACCCUGGCGUCUGGAGGCUCUUGUCUGAUGGCAGCGCACUGGGUCUGCGUCGCCGACCCCGUGCCGAUCUGAGACGGCAUCGCCGACAGGAGGCCGCGUCAGGGGUGCGGAACCGCAUGCCCAGCGCAGCAAGUCAAGAGUUGGGGGCCUUCAGCUGUUGGGAGCUGUGGAGAGUAGCGUCCAGCGACUGGGAGGAAGCGGACGAAACCAUGUCUCUCUUUCCUGAUAACGAAGACGCAGGCCACUUGGUUGUCUGCGACCUGGGCCCCAGCGUGAGGGUCGGGCCGACAUCGGUCGCCUUUGCCUAUGGCAACGUCAUCAAGCUCGCGACGUUGAGCGGGCACAAGCCUUUCGAGGCGGGCGUCCAAGAGGUGAGUCGCGAAUCGCCAGUGAAUGUGCCAACCAGGCGUCGCAGACUGGGGACCACAGUCAAACCAGUAGCAUCAGGCCAGUAG